UCCGGGAGAUCGUUAGCAACAGACUCUCUAUUCCAGCAGCGAGGAAGGGGAACAGGAGCAAAGGCCAUCUCCACUAAACACAGGAAACCGCUGCACAAUUGUUAUUGGCCUUUUGGUGGUCAACAAAACUCUUUUCAGCUAAGCAGCUAGGUUGUUAAAGUAACCUGGCAGAAGGUCUGGAAGCUGAAAGGUUGCGGUGGCAUAAACUAAAGGAGGGAGGUAAAGAUGAGGGAGCAAGGGCAAAGCAUGCUCAAUGGAUCAGGGGUACAUAGGCCUUCCUGGGAGAAGAUUUGGCUUCCAAAGGUGCUAGCUAAGAACACUAUAGGGAUAUUUCUCUUGAUUCUUCUAUGCAUCGGGGCCUUCUUCUCUACGCGCGUGCUGGAUUCUUCUGUUAUUUCACUCUCCAUAAAUUCCCUAAAGAAAUCAACUUUUUCCGCCAUAACAUCACAUAAUCAACCCGGGAAUAAACAAGUCGAAAUCCCGCUCAAUUGUUCACUUGGUGAUGCUACCCUGACCUGCCCAGCCAAUUACUAUCCAUCACGGUAUUCAGCACGAAAUCCUGACCCUCCCUCAGCGGCAACGCAGCCCACGUGUCCGGACUACUUCCGUUGGAUCCACGAAGAUCUGUCGCCCUGGAAGGAGACCGGGAUUACAGAAGCCAUGGUGAACAUGGCCAACAGGACGGCCAAUUUCCGACUGGUAAUACUGAAUGGAACGGCGUUCGUGGAGACCUAUGAGAAAGCGUUCCAAACCAGAGACACCUUUACUCUGUGGGGGAUUUUACAGCUGCUAAGGAGGUACCCGGGCCAAGUCCCUGAUUUGGACCUCAUGUUUGACUGCGUUGACUGGCCCGUCAUCAAUAAAGAUUCUCACUCUGGGCCCAACGCCACGGCCCCGCCCCCUCUGUUCCGCUACUGCGCUAACGAUACCACGUUGGACAUUGUUUUUCCCGAUUGGUCAUUCUGGGGUUGGCCUGAAAUCAAUAUAAAGCCCUGGGAGGCUCUGUCUAAGGAUCUCAAAGAAGGGAAUGAGAGGAGCAGAUGGGUGGACAGGGAGCCGUAUGCUUACUGGAAGGGCAACCCUCAAGUUGCAGAAAAGAGGAUGGACUUGCUCAAGUGUAACGUUUCAGACCAACAGGAUUGGAAUGCUCGUAUUUAUGCUCAGGACUGGGGUCGGGAACAGCAGCAAGGUUACAAAAAGUCCGAUUUGGCAAGCCAAUGCAUCCACAGAUAUAAAAUCUACAUAGAAGGAUCUGCUUGGUCGGUCAGUGAGAAAUACAUAUUGGCCUGUGAUUCUGUAACUUUGCUAGUGACGCCAAAAUAUUAUGAUUUCUUCACUAGAGGUUUGACGCCUUUGCAACACUACUGGCCCAUAAGGGAGGAUAACAAGUGCAGAGCUAUAAAGCAUGCUGUUGACUGGGGAAAUAGCAAAAUAGAAAAGGCGCAAGCCAUUGGCAAGGCAGCAAGUAAUUUUGUUCAAGACGAGCUGAAAAUGGACUUUGUCUAUGAUUACAUGUUUCAUCUCUUGCGUGAGUAUGCGAAGCUUCUAAAAUACAAGCCUAGCGUCCCUCCAAAAGCAAUUGAACUUUGUUCUGAAUCGAUGGCUUGCCCUGCUCAAGGUCAGGAGAAGAAGUUCAUGAUGGAUUCCACAGUUAGAGGUCCUAGCAGUGAAACUCCUUGCGGCAUGCCGCCUCCUUAUGACCCUGCAACUCUACAUUCUAUUAUUGACAGAAAGCGAAACUCGAUAAAGCAAGUAGAGACAUGGGAACGACAUUACUGGGAUCAAAGAAACUUAUAGCAAAAGAUGUGCAUCACAAAGGGAACCAGGUUUCUUUGUUCAUUCAGCUCUCGACAGAGAUGGAUCUUAAUUACGAUGGAACGCUAGAUAGCCAAUUCUUGAUCUCAUACAUAAAGUGCAGACAGAGAUAUGGAUGUCCUUAUUCUCUUUAUUCACAUAUUGCCUUUCAGAAACAAAAAAGAUAGAAAUGUGUGAGCCUGCAAGAUCUUGGAUCCUUCCUGUCGGAUAGUUGCUGGACAAAUUGAGGGUUGAGACAGAUCAAAAGAUCCUUGUGCAAGUGCAAAAUAUAACAUUCUCGCUCCACUCCAAGUCCUACCUGCAACAUUCUCACAACUUGGCUUUGGAAAUCAAUGGCAGCAGCACAUGCACUUGCAGAUUCUUCCAUGCUGACCUUGCCAACUGAGAUUUCCAACAAUGGAGGAACAUCCUCUCAGGUGAUUGCGUUCAAGAUCCAGCAGCUGAAGCUGAAAGAGCAGGCGAUGUUCUGGAGUUAUAGUUACUUGGAACAUAUUUUAUUAUUUUUAAAUAGUCGUGGCAGUAUUCUGGAGGAAUAGUUACUCGGAACAUAUACUAU